AUGGCUACACAUAUUCAUAACCAUGUAGCACUAUUCUCUUUUAUCAUAAUCUUUCAUCUUGUUUCAUCCACAUUGGGUGAUCAAAACUCCAACAAUAAUUAUAUCAUUCACAUGAAUUUAUCAGCCAUGCCAAAACCCUUCUCCAACCAACAGAGUUGGUACUUGGCCACCCUUUCCUCACUACUUGACAUUACUUCUAAUCAAGUAACAACAAACAAUGAUAAUCUGAACUAUAUUUCUUCAAAAAAACUCACAUAUACCUACACUAAUGUCAUGAAUGGUUUCAGUGCAAUUUUGUCUCCUUUAGAGCUUGAAGCUCUAAAAACCAUACCCGGGUAUAUCUCAUCCAUAAAAGACUUCCCUGUCAAACCAGACACAACACACUCACCUCAGUUCAUUGGCCUUAAUCCAAUUUCGGGAACAUGGCCUACAACACGAUAUGGAAAAAAUGUUAUCAUUGGUUUGAUAGACAGUGGUAUUUGGCCAGAAAGUGAAAGCUUGAAAGACGACGACAUGCCUAAUAUCCCUUCACGAUGGAAAGGACAAUGUGAAAACGGUACUCAAUUUGAUUCGUCAUUGUGCAACAAAAAACUUAUAGGAGCACGAUUCUUUAACAAAGGAUUGUUAGCAAAUAAUCCUAACAUCACAAUAAGCAUGAACUCGACACGUGACAUAGACGGUCAUGGUACUCACACAUCAACCACUGCUGCUGGAAGCAAAGUCGAGGGUGCAUCCUACUUUGGCUAUGCCUCGGGAUCAGCCAUAGGCGUAGCACCACAAGCUCAUGUAUCCAUGUACAAGGUUUUGUGGGAAGAAGGAGCAUAUACAUCUGAUACAAUAGCUGCAAUUGAUAGUGCAAUAACAGAUGGUGUAGAUGUUCUUUCAUUAUCAUUGGGUUUCGAUAACGCACCUUUGUAUGAAGAUCCUGUUGCUAUAGCAACAUUUGCAGCUAUGGAGAAAAACAUUUUUGUAUCUACAUCCGCAGGGAACCGAGGACCCGUGCUCGAAACUCUACACAACGGAAUACCAUGGGUAAUAACAGUGGCUGCUGGCACAUUGGACCGUGAAUUUCAUGGCGAUUUAACCCUCGGAAAUGGAGCAGUAGUUACCGGUUUAUCUCUCUAUCCAGGGAAAUUUUCAUCAGAAAAAUUUCCAAUGAUUUUCAUGAACUCAUGUGAUGAUUUGAAGAAACUCAUCAAAGCAAGAAACAAGAUCGUGGUCUGUGAAGACAAAAAUCGAACACUUGGUGCGCAAACUGAUAACUUAAACCGAGCAAAAGUUGUUGGUGGUGUUUUCAUAUCAAAUAGUAAUGAAGACAUAACAUAUUUCAUUCAAACCAAGUUUCCAUCAAUUUUCUUGAAUCCAAUCAACGGAGAACUCGUCAAGGAUUACAUAAAAUGCAACCCUAACAAUCCAAAAACAAGCAUGAAAUUUAACACCACCAUAUUAGGUACAAAACCAGCACCAAGUGUGGAUAGUUAUAGCUCAAGAGGACCAUCACAUAGUUGUCCAUUUGUAUCAAAACCCGACGUCACAGCGCCAGGAACACUAAUCUUAGCGUCAUGGCCACAAAACGUUCCCGCAACAAAACUACAAACACAAAGUAAUCUCUUCAACAACUUCAACCUCUUAAGCGGAACAUCAAUGUCAUGUCCACACAUUGCAGGUGUAGCCGCACUUCUAAAAGAAGCACACCCUAAUUGGAGCCCUGCAGCCAUUAGAUCAGCUAUCAUGACAACAUCCAACAUGUUAGACAACACAAAAGAACUCAUCAAAGAUAUCGGUAACGAUAACAAACCAGCUUCGCCUCUAGCAUUAGGAUCUGGACAUGUUAACCCUAAUAGAGCACUUGAUCCUGGUCUUGUUUAUGACGCGGCAAAACAAGAUUAUGUGAAUCUUCUAUGUGCAUUAAACUUCACACACAAAAAUAUCAUGGCUAUCACAAGAUCCUCUUCUAUCCAUUGCUCUAACUCUUCUUUAGACCUUAACUACCCUUCUUUUAUAGCCUUUUUCAAUAAUGCUACUGUUCAUGAGUCAAAGGCUAUUACACAAGAGUUCCAAAGGACAGUGACCAAUGUUGGGGAGGAACAAAGUAUAUAUGUAGCUAACAUUACACCUAUUGAAGGUUUUCAUGUUAGUGUUGUUCCAAACAAGUUGGUGUUUAAGGAGAAAAAUGAAAAGGUUACAUAUAAGUUGAGGAUAGAAGGUUUGAGAAUGGAGGAAAAUAACAAAGUAGUUUUUGGGUAUCUUAGUUGGACAGAUUCAAAGCAUGUUGUUAGAAGUCCAAUUGUGGUGACUAGCAUUAACUCAGAACUAACACCUCCAUAG